AUGUCGCAUCGCGCCCAUGAAAUCAGACGCAUUGAGAACAAAAUCAAGGAAAAAACGCCGCAUCGCGCUUUCCGUGAAAUCACAUUCGAUCGCCAGAAGGUGCGCGAAUCAAUUGUGCCACUUACUUAUAAUGAGGCGCGUCGCAUUCGAGGACCCAUCUAUGAGGCCCUGCAGGAUGAGCUGUUCAGAGAGGGCUGCCAAUCGCUGCCCGCAUUCCUCUACUGCCUGGCCGAAAAGGAGCAGGCGCUGUACGAGACGGUCAGCAUUCGCGCUCGCAUUAUUGACGAUCGUCCUCUGCUCAACGAGCUCAUCGAUAAGCUGAAGCGGGCCGAGCUAGCCAUCGUGCAGUACAAGCUGAAGGGCUAUAAGGAGAGCUUUACUCUGUUCUACGAGACGCUGAUGUUGCUCCAACCUUAUCGCCAUGUCUACGAAUACGCGCUGGUCGCCGUCAUGGAGAAGAUUGUCUCUCUGUGCCACAGCGUGGAUGGGGAGGAGCGCGAUGCCGCCGAAAUGAUAGCCCGCAUCUAUUACAUCUAUGCUUUGUAUCUGGAGAGUGUUAAUCAGCGCCCCACUGCCAUCACCUAUUUGCAAAUGACCCUAGAAUUGGUGCGGGGCCAUGUGUGGGGCGCCGAGCCCGAUAUGCCGCCCGGCUGUCUGAUGAUGCACGAACUAGUCUCCCAGAAGUUGGCGCGCCAGCUCCUCAUUCUGGGAAAACAAAUUGUACGUCAGAAACCCGAUGAAGCCAUCGAAUUGGCCAGAAAAGCUACGGUCCUCAUAGCAGAGAUUGGACGCGAAAAGAAUUUGGAAAUCUUUUGUGACACCUUUCUGGAGCGCUCCUCCUUUCUCAUGGAGAGCGGCAACUUUACGGCCGCCAAGCAAUGUCUCGAGCAGAUAAAGCCACGAAUUCUAGCGCUCACCGAGUACAAAUUUGUGAAAUUGAACAUUAAGUAUUAUCUUUUUAUGGGACAGUGUUCAGAGAAUUUCCAGCGUCCCGAAGAAGCGAUUGUAAAUUACAAGAAAGCUCUACGUCUCUCACGCAUCUACGAUCAUCGCGAUCACGAGGCAGAGAUAUUGCUUGCCCUGGGCAAGAUCUUUGCGAAGGACACGCAUAGACUUAGCCUGGCCAAGCGCUGUUACGAGCAGGCCAAGAACAUCUACAUUGACUUCAAUGACAUAUACAGAAAGAAGACGGCCGUCUACUUGAUGGCCAAGCUGAAGGCCGACGAGAUAACGCCACUCUAUAUGGCCAUGCUGAAGGCCUCGCAGUCCCGCUAUUGCGCCUUCUUCAAUCUGCGCCAAUGGAAGAAUCGUUGUCGCCCAUUCUGGAAGAGAUUGGGCGAUGAGCUGAUCAAACAGGAAACCGAUCACAUCUACUGUUUGCUUGACGAGGAGAAGGAGGAUGUGCGCAGCGAAAGCGAUGAUUAUGUCGUCAUGAAUCCGGGCACUUUUCAAAUGGGAGAGGGCGAUAUAUGUUGAUAAUUUUUUAUUGUUGGAAUUCUACACUCAAAUAUUUUAUAAGUCUAUGCACUCAAAAGGAACAACAUCAAUUAUUAUUAUUAUAGUUUCGAAAAUUUGCAAUAUUCUUGUGUGGAUUGGUUGCCUAAUCUGCUGAUCGUUUGACUAACACUGGAUUUCUGAAUUUAAUUGACAAUUUUCAAAUAAAAUUAAAAAGCGUGUCCUUAAA